CUGAGAAAGCGACUUUGCGCCACAACGACGGAUGCCUGUGACUGCCACCCGUCGGCGUCCCUAGGCGCUUCGUGCGACGCGGAGAGCGGGCAGUGCACCUGCCGGAACAGCUACGGCGGCCGUCAGUGCCUCCACUGCCAAGUGGGCUUCUACGACUACCCCACCUGCAAACUGUGUUCGUGCGACCCGACGGGCACUACGGAGGAGGUGUGCAGCAACCAGACGGGCCAGUGCCUGUGCAAGCCCCAGUACGGGGGCCCACGCUGCGACCAAUGUGCCCCGGGAUUCUACAACUUCCCCAACUGCAUUCCCUGUGAAUGCGACAGCAAGGGCUCCCUGGGCAAUUCGUGCGACAACGCGGGCAAGUGCCACUGCCUGGCCAGCUUCACGGGCCUGCGAUGCGACCAGUGUGCCCCGGGCUACUACAGCUACCCAGACUGCAACCCCUGUGGCUGCGACUCGUACGGAUCCGUGGGACUGUCGUGUGGGAGCGACGGCACCUGCUUCUGCAAGCCCAGCUUCGACGGAGAGAAGUGCGACCGCUGCAAGAAGGGCUUCUACAACUAUCCCCUCUGCGAAGGCUGCAACUGCAACCCGGCGGGGAUUCUGGCGACGUUUGGCGGCUGCGGCAGCCUGACGAGCGGGGAGCUGUGCGAGUGCAAGGAGCGCGUCACGGGACGCAUCUGCGACCAGUGCCGCCCGCUCUACUGGAACCUCAAGCCGAGCGACCCGCAGGGUUGCGAGGACUGCGAGUGCCACUCCCCGGGCACCCUGGGGGGGCUGCGGGUGUGCGACGGCCAGAGCGGCCAGUGCCUGCGCAAGCCCAACGUGGGCCAGCACCAGUGCACAGAGUGCCUCGACGGGACCUUCCACCUCCAGGACCAGGACCUGCUCGGCUGCCAGGACUGCCAGUGCGACGUGGGCGGAGCGGUGGGCAGCUCGUGCGACGCCCGGAGCGGGCAGUGCCAGUGCCGGCCCCGCAUCACGGGGCGCCGUUGCUCGGAGCCCCUGCAGGCGCACUUCUUCCCCACGCUGCACCAGCACAAGUACGAGGUGGAGGACGGACACACCCCCAGCGGGGUCAACGCCCGCUUUGACUUCGACAGCGGCCUCUUCCCGGGCUUCUCCUGGAAGGGCUACGCCAUCUUCUCCAACAUUCAGGUGCUGGUGCUGCCCCCGAGCCGAGAGCCCCGCUUCCAGGGGGUGGUGGGGCAGGACGGGGUCACUGCCCUCCCCUUCGUGCUGAACCCCGGCCGAUGGACCCUUUCCAUCAAGGCCCCCCGGCCCGUCUUCCUGGACUACAUGGUGCUGCUGCCCGAGGCCUUCUACGAGGCGACGCUGCUGCAGGAGCGGGUGCGCCACCCGUGCCUGCGGGGGGGCAACAUGGCGGGCCCUUGCCGCCAACUGCGCUACCCGGCCCUGCCGGACACGGCCGUGCCGGUGGCCGCCGCCCAGGGAGCGGACGGACAGGGUGCCCCCGUGCAAAUUCUCGACGACGCGGACGUCCUGGAGGAGCUGCACAGCGGGCCCAUGGCUCACCUGGACGAAGACCACGGGUCCCUGCGGCUGGACCUGCGAGUGCCCAGGGCCGGGCCGCACGCCCUGGUCUUCUUCUACCACUCGCUGGACAAUGACGGCUCUGUGGCCGCAGACCUGGUGCUGUCGGGCGCCGACCGGCUGGCCACGGGCAGGGCAAACUUCCACCACUGCAACUACAACCUGCUCUGCCGACAGGUGCGCUGCACGGGCUGCUUUGCUUCCGCCGCGCUCUGCACACUGCUCAGAUGUUGUGUCCAUCCCACCCAUUCCGUUGCUUUGGGGAACCACGACAACUGCCUCAUCUGUGCCUGCCCGAUCCCGUUGCCCUCCAACAACUUCGCCGACAGCUGCGAAGUGUCUCCGAGCGGACAAGAGAUUAGCUGCAACUGUAAGAAGGGCUACUACGGACCUCGUUGCGACGUCUGUGAUGCGGGCUACUUUGGCGAGCCCGACGUGAUUGGCAGCAGCUGCAAGCCGUGCGAGUGCAGCGGCAACAUUGACCCGGCCAACCCGGCCUCUUGUGACUCGGUGACGGGGGAGUGCGUGCUGUGCCUCAACAACACGUCCGGACCCGCCUGCGAACUGUGCGCUCCGGGAUUCUACGGCGACGCCAUCUCGGUCAAGGACUGUCGCAAGUGCUCCUGCAACCAGUGCGGCAUGCACUCCUGCAAUCCCCUCCAGGGCACCUGCAACUGCCACUCCAACGUGGAAGGGAGCCUCUGCGACCGUUGCGCACCCAACCACUGGGGGUUCUCGGAGUGCCGAGGCUGCCGCUCGUGCGACUGCAGCCUGGCCUCUCAGUCCAAGCAGUGUGACCUGAAGACGGGACAGUGCCCCUGCCAGCCGGGGGCUGGAGGGCCGCGCUGCGACGUCUGCGAGCCGGGCUACUGGCGCUAUUCGGCCGACGGACGCAUCUCGUGCAACUGUGCGGCCAAGUUUUCGGCGGGUGCCGUGUGCAACCAGCAGACGGGCCAGUGCCAGUGCCUGCCCGGCGUGGAAGGGGACAAGUGUGACCGGUGCCCCUACCGAUGGGUCUUCGUGGAGCGCGAGGGCUGCAAGGAGUGUGGCGAGUGCGUGCACGCCCUGCUGGAUGACACGGACAGCCUGGAGCAGAUGAUCGACAACAUCGGGGACGAGAUGCGUGACAUCUCCUCCACUUACCUGGCCAACCAGCGGCUGCAGCUCGUCAACCAGACUGCGCACGACCUGAAAGAGCAGCUGAUGAGCUUCAGCGGAAAGCCCGCCUCCCUGGACGUGAGCCCCCUGGCGCAGAACGUCAGCGAUCUGGAAGCACUGGCCUCGACAGUGCGCAAGGACGCUUCGAGCCUGGCGCUCUCGGCUACGGCGAACAACCACACGGCGUACAAGACCAGGCUGGAAGCCGACCGGGAAGAGCUCAACGUGGAGAAGACGGUCCAGGAGAUGCGAGACAUUCUGAGCAGCCUGACAGCCUUCUCCGAGGGCCUGGGCUCGACUUCUACCGCCAACGUGGAGCCGCUGCUCGACGAAGCCACCCGCAUCGUGGAGCUUCUCAAUGCCACCGAGUUCAUGAGGCCCUUCGCCGAAGCAGAGGAAGAGCUGGCGCAGGCCGGAGAAGGCCUGGAGCGUGCGCAGAACUUCUCGCUGCCGGCGGUGCAGAACGACGCAACCCUGGAGGACCUGCGGCAGACGAUGGCGGAGGAGCUGGAGGGGCGCCUCUACGAGCUGGCCAACCACACCCAGAGGGUCGAGGACAUGGUGCGGGAGGUGGCCCACCUGCAGAACACGGCUAACAGCUCCCCGUUCAGGGGGAUCAUUGCCCAAAGCGAGGAGCUCAAGUUGCAGUCCGAGGCACUUCAGAAGGAGGCCAGGGAACUCCUUCGGGCCUGCCAGGACUACUACCCGGACGCAGAAAACGCCUAUGAGGGCCUGCGUGAGAACUCUGCCCGUCUGCGAGACAUGGUGGACCAACUGCAGACGUUCCUGGAGAAGCUGAGCCCUGCGACGGAGAAGGCCGUGCCCUACGUGCGGGAGGCGGAGAUCCACUCGCACAAGCUCCAGCAGCAGGCCAGGGAGUGCCAGACAAUCCUGAACUCCACGCAGCAGACGUCUUCUUCGGCCCUGGCCUACGACGAGAUUGCCAAGAUCAUUGACGAGGCUCAGAACAUCUCGGAGGCGGCCCUUGCUACUUCGAACGAAGCCCACGACAAUAAAGAGAUGCCGGUGAGAGCAGAAAGACCGAGGUUCCAUGCCAGAAGCCUGCAGCACCAAAAGGAGAAAAAAAAAAAAAUAAAGGAAAAGAAGGACGACUGGGAAAUCCCUAUUGUGAGUCGUGGCCGACACCGCGGAAGCCCCAAAACUAGUCAGCGGCGCAGGCGCCCCACUGCACCCUACAGUCAGUGGUCACGUAGGGCGCUCUGCAACACCAACCUGCUCGAUGGUCCGCAGCCUCCGCCACAACCCACCCCAGGGCAAACCGGGAUGCUACAUUACACUUUCGGUUCAUUCAGCACGCAGGUGUCUGGCGAUGGCACUGCAGAACGUCCUACAUUCAUCCUUAUUGUGGGGAUGACCGCUUCCAGACAUAGCUGUCAUGGGCCCCACCAGUCAUGCUGGAGUCAAUGUAGCUUAUGCGUGACUUUGGAUCACACACCUGCAGAAGGCAGCACCGCAAGUUUUCUAUAUCAUUCACAUAGAAUUCUAACACACUGAUGUAAUUAUUAUAGAUUCAGCAAUCCAAGGCAAAGCCUUUUCCAUAUUGCACAUGCAGAAGGGAGGAAUACCUUUUUCUAUCAGUGCAAGCAUUGUUGGUCCAAGUUAAUAUUGUGCUUUUCGUUCUAAAUGACCUGUGUCUUCACCUGCGUAUUUCUGUCUCGCAUUUCAUUUGCUCUACUGUAAAUGACUAUUUUUGUGGGCUCGAUAUUGAACAUUGAGCAUUGAUUUUAUUCCCGCCUUGAACGAUGGGGGGAUGCCAAGGAAAAAAGCUGUUUGCACAGCUUGAGGGCUGCAAAGUCAAGAAAUUAAAUAACAAAUAAUAAGAUGUACACUAUGAAAACUUUUAUAUAAUGUUAGAUGUACUAGAAUUUUGUACACACAAGACAAAAAUAAUUAGGCGCAGAUUUUUACAAUGUUGGGUAUGUCGCUUUUAUUUAGUGAAGUGAUGUGGAAUCUCAUUGAUGCGAUAUGAUUCAACAAUUCAGGAAGUAUUUGCUUGAUUCUCUGAUGUCCAAAAUUAGUUCUUGAUUGAGGAAUUCGCCAAGGAUGAAUGAGACGGGUAUGGUACAAUGAGAUGUAUGGACGAAAGUCAGACAGUGUGAAGAAUGUUAAUGCUUACCACAAGUUGCAGCUUGGUAUGUGAAUAUUAAAUGCUGAAAGUAGAUAUCCGAUACAUCAGUUAUAGAAUAUUUUUCAAAAAGAGGUAGCGAUGGAGACAUCCCAGAGACAUUCGCAACAGCUCGAAUAGCUUUCUUUCGUAAAACACUAAGUGUGUUUAAAUUCGUCAAACCAGUAGAUCUCCAGACAAGAUGGUGGUUGUACAAUAAAUGUGCGUACAAAAGGGACCUUUAAAGUUGAAGUUUAACACUGGUGGGUAAAAUAUUCCCAUAUUUAGUUAGCACACUUGCUCUCUUGAAACUUUAUUACGAAUGUGUUGCACAUGAUCAUUCCAGGACAUAUAAGAAAGAAACACUCCCAAAGUUUUAACAUUAUCUGUGUAAGGAUUAACACCAGGGCCAUAAUUCAAAGCAAGGUGUAAGUCAAGCCGACUACCUCAAUAAAGUUGAAAUAUUACGGCCUUACUUUUGUCUGUAUUUAGGCAAGAGACUUAUUUUCGCAUCACAACUUAAACUUGCACAGAACAUUGUUUGUCUUAGAAAUAACAGUUUCAGAAUUUGUGCCGGAAAUUAUCAUAGCCGUAUCAUCUAUAUAAAUAAUGAAUUUGACUUCGGUGCCAAUAGUAACUAUGUCAUUAAUAUAAAAAGAAAUAAAAGAGGUCCUAGAAUGCUGCCUUGUGGCACUUCACAAGAAAUUUCAACUAAAGAUGACUUAUGACUAGGGUUUCAUGUUUUCGGAGUUUAUUUUUUGUCAAAUUUGGAGGGUGUUUUUCAAAGUUAAUUUUUUGCCGAAAAUUAAGAGUUUAUCGGAGUUUAUUUUUGUUUGAUUCCCAAUUCUCCGAAAUUCGGAAUUUGAUUUCGCUGUGUUUCUUAUUGAAAAUAAAUAAAUAAUAUGUGGGUGUAAACGUCUCGUCCCGGCUCAGCUUGGCUACCGAGAGCUGGGACCGCAUUGAACCCAUAUCGCGUCUUGCUCACGCCAUGAGGUCCCCCUCGAGGGGCGAGACCAGAAUCCAGGGCGGACUGCACCGGCCGUCCCGGGCCCAGCAUUGGGCAACGCUGCAUCCUGUUCACGCUUUAGCUGAGGUGUCACAACAUAGACAGCGACGUUUCGCUAAUGGGGGCCCUGUCUCCUAGAAAGGUCACGGCGCAGCUCUCUGGAAUAUGCUGUAUUCAAGUCAUCACGGCAUUCGUGCAGUUAGACUGCGUCAUGUGCCACUGUAUCUUCCUCAUGCUCAUCGCACUGUGGAUGUUCAUCAAGUAAGUGUCCAAGCGGAUAAGACUGCUGACUGGGCGAGUUGGUAGUUCAUGCUGAUUAACGUUACAGUGCACCAAGCGGUCUGUGGUUCGAUGGAACGCCUGGUACGGGGACCUACAGCAUAGGAGACACACCGCAAUAUCAUUUGAUUUUGAAGCUCUUUAUGUGCCGGUGAUGAUGCCAAGACCAACUUCCUUUGACGUUCCUGCAGCUCGUUUCGAAUUGGUAUACAACAAUCCGCCAGAAACGUGCCUUGAGGAAGUGAAACAGACUUUGGCAAGUUCAGUCCGGUUUACUGAUAUUGAGCCCAGCAUCACAGAAGCCAAGGGUAGUCCGCCAGCUUUCCGGCAAAGCGACAUGAAUGAAACAAAGAACAGGUCCCCUCUGCUCACCCCUCUUUCCGACAACGUUAAGAUCGACGACUAGUCACACCCACGUCCCCGACCAUAUCUCCACACACGUCCUCAACACAGCGUUGGCACGACGAAACACGUGAGAAGCAGAUGACAGUGCGAAUGAAGCUCGCCCAACACCAGGGGCUGUGGUCUCCCCACUACCUGAGCCCGAGUCAUGCCUUCAAACCUUUCCUGGGCCCUCCGGGCUUCUUCGCCGCUCCCCCGGUACCUACGUUGGGGCCCUGCACGGUCUCGGGUCCCCCCAAUUAGUUGUGCCGACACUUGAGCCUAGGCUCAUUGCGGAAUCACGGGGACGACGAGGACAGUUCCGCCGAGGACAAGAAGUAGUGCGAAGGUUGUCUGUUUUCCUUUCAUGAUCGGACAUGUCUUAUGCAAGGCCGAACACUGGAGCAGGACCAGUCCUCGAUGGACCUUGCACACUGCGGUGAUAUUCGUGAGUGCUUGUCCGACUGUUUGUGUGUGAGAUUGCGACAGUGAGUGGGGAUUGACUUUCGGACGGAGAGCAGUUGAUCUCGUCGUCUGUGUUGGAAGUGGUGCAUCCUCCGAGACGAAAGAAGUUAGUGUCAAAAUCUGGACGUGUAAGGCGAUCGUACAGGGUUCUUCCAAAGGAAAGGAUGCAGGAUGCCCUGAUUAACUACUUCAGUCGUUUUGGCGGAGCAGUGGACACCAUGGUGAUUUGCAACGAAGCUUGAACACACGCUUCCCCCCACACUAGCUCACGCGGCCGCGUGAGGUAGUGUAGUAAAUGAUGUAAUAGAGAAGUUUCAAAUGUCCCUCUUCCCCACUUCAUGCAAUCUCUAUGGUCCACAGCUUUCACUCUUACAAAAACACAACCUCUCCUUCCUCUAAAGCUUAAAUAUUAUGACCCAAACUGGAAACAUAAACAGUGACUUUUGUAGUGACCCGAAAGUGCAAUGACCUGUUUUGUGCUGACCGAAAUUUGAAACAGAAGUGUGUUGGCAUAUUCCCAAGACCAUUGACUCUACGCGCUGAUCAAACCAUUGAUUGUAAUAUACUUUUAUGUAUGUCUGUGUGUUUGGGAGGGGAGGAUUGGCACAUCGAAAUUGUUAGUUUAUCGGAUAACUCCAAAUUGACCAAAAUUUUACCGGCGGAUGUUUUCAGAGUUUUUCGGUAUUAUCUGAAAACACUGAACCCUACUUAUGAUUAUUUACGGAAACAUAUUGUUGCCGGAACUGCAAAGACCUUAACAAGGAAAACGAAACUCCUCGAAAGCCAUAUGAAUACAAUUUGUCUAAAAGAAUGUCGUGAUUGAUACAGUGAAGGCUUUGCUAAAGUCUAAAAAUUUUAGACACCAACAGUUGCUAACUUUUUUUCUAAUCUGUCAAGUAUAGUCUCCUGGUGUAAAAGUGCGGUCUUGGUUGAUCUAAGUUUUCUAAAUCCAAACUAACAUUGUGUUAAAAGAUCAUGUCUUGCUGAAAAUUUAUAAUUCUGGAGUACAUAAUCUUUUCUAAGCCUUUUGAAAAAACAAGAAGUAUAGAUAUAUGGUGAUCGUUCCCCAAACUGUUUCCAUCUCCUGAUUUGAACAAUGCAGCGACUUUAGCGAUUUGCAUUUUAUGGGAAAUAUGCCCAGAUGAAAGAGCAAACUUCUUAGUGAGCGCGUUGGUAAUGAUGUAGGUUUAGAAAGAGUUAUAUAGGUAAAAACAGGGGACG